UCCGGCCCCGCCCCGGCCGGUGCGGCCCCGCCCCGCGGCGGCGGCGGCGCGAGGAUGAGCGGGAGGCGGGUGGACGCCAAGGUGGUGCUGCUGGGGCAGGAGGGGGUGGGCAAGAGCAGCCUCGUGGAGCGCUGCGCCCACGGCCGUUUCCGCGCCGGGCCCUACCAGAACACGAUCGGAGCCGCUUUUGUGGCCAAGGUGAUGACCGUGGGGGACCAGACAGUGACCCUGGGCAUCUGGGACACGGCGGGCUCGGAGCGCUACGAGGCCAUGAGCCGCAUCUACUACCGGGGAGCCCGGGCUGCCGUCGUCUGCUACGAUCUCACUGACAGUGGCAGUUUCCAGCGAGCCAAGUUCUGGGUGAACGAGCUGCAGAACUGUGAGGAGGGCUGCCGGAUCUACCUGUGUGGCACCAAGAGCGACCUGCUGGAGGAGGACAGGAGGAAGCGGGGCGUUGACUUCCACGAUGUGCAGGACUACGCUGACGAGAUCAAAGCAGACCUCUUUGAGACCUCCAGUAAAACGGGCCAGAGCGUGGAUGAGCUGUUCCAAAAAGUGGCUGAGGACUAUGUCAACUUCUCCGCCUUCCAGGUGAUGACAGAGGACAAGGGGGUCAACCUGGGCCAGAGGAACAGUCCCUACUUCUACAGCUGCUGCCACCACUGAGCCCCCGUGCCAAAAGGGAAUUGCUGCUGCCGGAAGGGCAGCUGGCUCACCGGAGUGCUCCGGGUUUUUACCUGCUGUGUUUUAGCUGUUGGGGCCUGUCCAGCACAGCCUCCGGACUGCUCUCCUGGCACACAGAGCGGCACAGGGCUGCCGUGCAGUGCCAGGAAUCACUGACUGUCACUCUGGGGACCCCCUCCCUGCCGCCUGUGGUGUUUGUGGGAGCUGUGGUGGCCCAGCGGUGGCCAGUAACUUAUUCUCUCAGAGAUGCUCGAUUCUUUGCAGAUUUAUUUAAGCGUCUUCUCUCGAGGUGUACAAUGUAAAUAAAACGCGUUGUGGUCUGA